AUGUCCCAAACAUUACCAACAUGGUCCAUUGAUGAAGACAUCUACAAAGGAUUUUGGAUCAAUCAAUCACUUGGUAAAGUCCGCGGCGCGACCCUCACACUUGAUCUUCAAGCUGGCGGUCUGAUCAUAGCCUUUCUCGCUUUGUUCAUUGCUGCCACAGCGCGUAGCGUCUGGAAGGUUACGCGAUUUCUGGUCUAUGCCAAUGAGUCAACCCUCGGUAAGCAGGAUGGUGUCUAUCACCAGCGGCAAGCCAUCUUACGCAAUCAAUCGUUGGCACUCGAUGCCGUGCUAGACCUGUGUCGACUCAGUUAUGCCUGGCGAGGUCGCGCCAAAGGGAGCCAACAGCGUAUACUACCGGUCAUCCUGAUAGCUUCUGCUAUCUCUGUUGUUUCUAUUGCUGCUGGUAUUUUUUCCUCGAGAAUUUUGACAAACUCGAAUCAAGAAGUUUUGAUAGCUGGCCGACAUUGUGGGAUGUACAGUAAUCCGAUCGACCAAGGGUCUUCCUACGGACCCGCCAUGCUUUAUCUGAGUCAGAAAUCUGUCGACGCCUUUAGAUAUGCGAUGCAUUGCUACCAUGGGGGUAGCACUGUCCAGAAUAAACUCUGCGAAACGUUUAUAAGGCCAACAUUGCCUUUUACAUCAGACAGAAACGCCUCGUGUCCAUUUUCCGGGGGGAUCUGCAAGUCAGAUGUUGGUAACAUCCUCCUCGACUCAGGCGUACUACACUCUCAGAUACACCUAGGCUUUAACCAGAAUCCACAGUUCACUCUUCGCCAUCGAACACACUGUGCGCCUUUAAAAACAGAUGGCUUCACUGGCACUGUCGUGAACCCAAAUAACUCCCAGACUCGCCAGGUCUAUCGAUAUGGGAACAAACAUGGGUCUGGGGGCAACGCAGAUUAUAUCUUUGCAGUUGACGUUAGGCACGAAAAGCCGUCACUUGAACUUUCUGCUUACGGCAAUUAUAAAGUUACAGCCAUGGUAGCGUACGGUUUUAUUAGAAGUAUUGAGUUCAUACCAGAGCUACAGAAACCGGAUGGGGCGGUUUCCUUGGUAUUCCUGGAUGCCUCGGAAAUCUUAUAUGUGAACAAGACAGAGGAUCCUUGGUUCUCGGCUACGACCCCCUUCGAUAACUCUCUGGCUAUCAGUAUGGACGGUCCAGGUUUCUUUAUUGCUAACGAACCUGUUGGUGUAAUAGGCUGCGUAACUCAGAGGUUGUAUUGCAAUCCGACCCUUCCCGAAAAUGUCGGAUGCAUUGAUGGUUUCGCAAUAUCGAAUAGGCAGUCUUGGUGGGACUUGUUCAAAAGCGCCUGGCCAGACGCAAACGAUCGAUCUGCGAUGAACGCAUUUGUAUAUGCACUUGGCACUCAAGCCAUGCUAGAUGACUAUUAUUUCAUGCCAAGUCUACCAACCCUUCUAUCACGCAGUACCGUACAAGGUAAUCUACAGUUAGCAGUUAUACCGAAGGACCGAUGGCAAGACGAACGCGAAUACCUAUACAACGCCAGUCUUGCUGCUAUACAAUCUAUGAUGGUCGAGCAUGCUAGAGGACUUGAUUUUGGAAUGGGCACAUAUUGCGAGCGUGAAAGGGAGUGCCGUAGGAUAUGUCGUAGCCAGUUGCGGUUACAGAAAAUGCGCUCACCCAACCACUAUUCUUUCAGCGCCUGGACCUUAGGUGUGAUACUUAUCGUAGGAAGCACGCUGAUGCUCAUAUCGACAUUCAUGGAGGAACUUUUCGCUCUUCUAUUACGAUAUCCGCGCCUGCGCAGUGCAAAGCUAACAUACAGCUACUGCGAAUGGCAAGCCGGAUCCACCUUACAGCUGCAACGCCUAGCACAUGAGAAUCUCGGUCUUGGAACCUGGACGCGCACGGAUGAGGCAAUACCAGUUACUGAGCCGGGAGAUACUCUGGGCGUACUGGAAAUCACCGAUUCAAAGCACGUGCACAUGGUCAUACCGACGGAGGAACUCAGCAAAGUUGACUCCGCAGCAGACUCUGCAAGAAUUAAUUUGCUCGAUCAUAGAGUCGUCUAUUGA